GCGAAAGAGGCAGAUAUCCUGCUUGUUGUAAUGGAUAGCAGUCUAUGCAAGGAUAUUGGCGCGGAAACCUGCUCCCUACUAUCCGAUCUCGAACUUCGUGAAGAUGUACGCAUUGUUAUCGUUUGUAAUAAAUGUGACUUGCCAGGUGUACAGCAUUCAUUGGACAGCGCAUCGUGGCCUAUUGUUCAUGUUUCAUGUAUUACCGGUGCAGGGAUCGAAUCUUUGUUCGAUGUGAUUCGUCAGCAGAUAGAUGAAUUAUGCCCCGUCUCGGAUGAUAACGCACUUCUCAGUCGUCAAAGGCAUCGCCUGUUGAUCGAGGAGGCGCUCAUUGCACUCGAACAGGUUUCGUGCUUUUCCGGUUUUGCCGCUGGUAGUACGGCGAAAGUGAACGAUGCGGCGGUAGUUGCCGAAUUGCUGCGUGAUGCGACCGAUGCAGUUGGCGAAGUGUCAGGGGCGGUUGUUACCGAACAAAUUCUUGACCAGAUUUUUUCUUCGUUUUGUAUCGGAAAAUAA